AUGGUUCAACCGUCCUCAUUAGUUCGUUUUACACCACAGCAUCAUCAACAACAGUCAUUACCAUCAUCUACCAAUACGCCUCCUUCUCUGUUACAUCCGUCGAUGGUACAUUCCAACAUGAAUCAACAACAAGCAUUUGCAUCUACAUUCCAACCAUCCGUUAAUAUCACAGUACCAAUUCCGUCAUUAAUGACUAAUCCAGCAGGCUCAUCAACCCCAAUAUCAACACAGACAAAAAGAGGUCGCACAGAUAUCAGUGGUGCUUCAGAAUCAAGUAUACAGUUACGACCUCAAUAUCCUCAGUUGACUCGUGUUUUUAACUCGAAUAAUACUCCAAACAAACGUCAUCGUGGUAUUAAUCAACAACACAAGGAACAUGAUUAUCCCGGUCGAUAUACUCAAAAUCAACCAGUCCAAUUUAAACAAAAUUAUCAUACGACGACCGACACGGUAAAUCAAAACGACCAACAGCAACUGUUGUCAGUAGCAGCAUGUCGCUUCGCUACGUCUCGUUAUCAAUUCUCGCCUUUUUCAGUAAUUUUCUCGCAGGAAGUACGCGACAAGAUUGUUGUCGAUGAUCUUAUUCAACACGCGAUGAAUAAUUUCAAUUUCGAAUUAACCCUUUGAGUCCGGGUGUCCUAUAUAUAGGACGCAGUUUAAAUAUUUAUAAAUAGAGGGCGGUAUUAUACAAUAAAUUUUUUUUUAUUUAUAUUACAACGUAUUUUAUCUAUUUUAG